AUGGAAACCUCAAAUCCAGAUGUACCACGAGCCCCGGCUCUAGUGGUUCACGAUGAGCUGCCACCUCGAGACCAAAACCCACUCAACCAGCAAACGGCCACAAGUUCCGCUACUGAUGAAUGCGAACCUACCCAGAGCCACGCGUUCGCAAACCAAACAUCCGUCAACGCCAAGCAAUAUGGCCUCAAUCACCGCGAAGCCGAGUACAGUGAGGUGCUGGACCUGGGAUGGAAUGAAGACGACAAGAGCAAGCUUCAACCCAUCGUGCAGGGUCUUGAGAAUGAGCAUCUGUGGGCUCUUUUGCGCCGUUUCAACAAGCAAGCCUUCCGAGUCCGACGAAUCGAGCAGCCGCCACUCGCGAACCUAGAUAUGAACAUUGCGGAUGAAGAAGAGUUCUCUCCCGAAAAAUUACGUGCUCAAUUGGAGCGAUGCUACGUCUCAGUCGUGGUACCACUAUGCUCUGCUUGGAACCAUGUCGCCCGCCUGCGUUCGUGGAAUGAGCGUAAUCGCACCCUGGCCUUUUUUCUCUUUUACGUGUGCGCAUGGAUUCUGGACCUGCUAGUGCCUACUACGGUACUAUUCAUCAUUGCUUUGAUACUGGCGCCCCGUGUGCGAAAUGUAGCGUUCCCGCCCGCGCCCGUCGCUGUCAUUGAUUCCAGCACCGGACAUCUGCAGACGCCUGCCGCAGGGUUCGCCGCGACCGAUGACACCUUGACAGGUGCGCCAGAAAAUGUGGCGGGUGAGGCAGUUGAGCAAGAAGCUCACAGUUUUGUCAACACAAUCGGAUCGGUCGCUCUCAGCACCACAAUCGGGGACCCGACCCAUGACGAGAAAAACGACGACAAUUUCGCACCAGGCGCAGAGGAGCUGAUAGGAAAAGUCUCGGAAGCGAAAGCGAGCGCUGCGGAAGGGGACCCUACCAAAGCCCACAACGAGACGCGGCAGCCUGCCUCAAAGAUGGUAUGGCAGCGCACUCGUCCUUUUAUGCAUGCACUUACAGACCUCGUCGAUACGUGGGAACGCUUUGCAAAUGCCCUGAACCCAACACCCCCGUUCCACAAGUCUCGUCCGAAAUUCAGACUCGCGGCGCCUCUACUGCCCAUUGUCCUAGCCUCACUCUACACCACUCCCUAUAUGCUGACAAAAAUGUCUGGAUUUGCGCUUGGAUUCGUUCUUUUCGGCAAGCCGUUGCUGGAUCGUCUGAUCCAGAUGCUUGAGGACACUUAUCCACGAUGGCAGCACUUUGUCGAGCUGCGCAACUCGAUCCUCAGAGGCGUGCCAACGAAUGCUCAGCUCACCAUUACCCUUUUGCGUAUUGGGGAGAAGAACAAGGCUCCGAUUCCCGCGCCACCAGACCCAGACGCGGUAGCUGGCAAGAAGAAGCCUCAUAUAAAACAAGGGGAAGAGCAUAUUGGCCCUUCCAGCGAAAAUGCCCUCACACCCCAAGAAGAAGCCGCAUCGGAUGGUGAGCAGAAGGUUACCAAACGACCCGGCAAGGGCCGUAGAGCCUUGGACAUGCUGAAAGGCACAGUCAAAGGCGGCGUCUCGACAGCGCUGGCGGCCGAUCGGGUAAAGGCAUUCGCCGGAGACCACCACGCAAAGGAGAGGGUCGGCGUGGUUAAGCAAAGCGCAAAGUCCCCCAAUGUCGGCCCUGUCCGCUUCGAAGCCCGGUACAAGGGCAAAAAGGGCUUUGCGUACGUGACGGAGACGUCGACGACGCCCGCGCUGAGCUGGUCGCAGGACGACAACAGCGCCGCGCCGGCUUGGACUAUUUUGAUUUCGGACAUAAGGGCGAUUAAAAAGGUCGGCGGCUUUGCUUGGCCGAGUAAAAUGGUCAUUGGGUGGUCGCUGAAGAAGCAGAUUGUGGAUGGCCUGGUUAUUGAGACGGAGGAUGGGAGUGAGUAUCACUUGACGGCGGUUUUGACUCGAGACGAGGUCUUUAAUCGGCUCAUUGCCAUGGGCGACCAGAUGUGGCAAUUAUGGUAG